UUUAUCUCAGACUAAAGCCUCCACAGUCCAAGGAUGUUGAUUCUUCUGGCUUUCAUCAUUGUGUUCCACAUAACCUCAGCAGCGCUGCUGUUCAUCGCAACUAUUGACAAUGCCUGGUGGGUGGGAGAUAAUUUUUCUACAGAUGUCUGGAGCAUGUGUUUCACAAAUACCAGCACCUGUACGGCUAUUACGGAUCAAUUCAGAGAGUAUCAAUCAAUUCAGGCUGUUCAGGCUGCCAUGAUCCUAUCUACUAUUUUCUGUUGUGUGGGAUUUCUGGUUUUCAUUCUUCAACUCUUCCGUCUGAAGCAAGGAGAAAGAUUUGUGUUAACCUCUGUUAUCCAGCUCCUGUCAUGUCUGUGUGUUAUGAUUGCAGCUUCCAUUUAUACAGAUAGGCACGAAGAACUGCACAAGAGCAGUGAAUACAGCCCUGCAGUUUCUAGAGGCCAGUAUGGCUAUUCCUUCAUCCUAGCCUGGAUUGCAUUUGCCUUUACUCUGAUCAGCGGUGUUAUGUACCUAGUAUUAAGGAAGCGUAAAUAAAUGUGAGCAGCUAGUCCCUUCUGUCACUGCAGCGCAAAACCAAGUUCCAGUAACCAUUUUGUAUAUAAUCAUUUACAUGGUUUUGUAGUAAAGGUAUUGUUUCUCUAAAAA